AUGUCUUACCGCGGGCAGAAAGACAGGAUUCAGGCAAGACGGGACUUGAAGCAAUCAGCGCCGCCGGAACAGCCCCGGAAUAAGAAAGGGUUGAUUCAGAAAUGGGCCGUUGGGCACACGCGAUGUUCCCGUGGAUCAGCUAGCAUAUUAAAGCUGACGUUGGCUGUUACAGGUUACAGGACAGGACAUGAUAGGAUAGGCAGGACAAGACAGGGCUCCAGUUUACAACCCACGAUAAAGUUGAACUAUUGUCAAGCCCGACACCCUGGUAAAGUCGGGCGCCAGUGGUAUCGGGCCAAAGCCAAGUCUUCUGCUCGACCGCCUUGA